GAAAUGACAUUUCCUCUUUAAAUAGCUGGAGCCGUGGCCCCGUGGAGAAAUGGCCGCGUCGGCAGAUUUAAAUAAGCCUUCCCCAACACCGAAUGGAAUUCCAUCUUCAGACACAGCCAGCGAUGCCGUGGACCCCUUUCACGCUUGCAGUAUUCUUAAGCAACUCAAAACAAUGUACGAUGAAGGACAGUUGACAGACAUUGUAGUGGAAGUGGAUCACGGGAAAACAUUUUCCUGUCAUAGAAACGUUCUUGCUGCAAUCAGCCCUUACUUCAGAUCUAUGUUCACUAGUGGCCUUACAGAAAGUUCUCAAAAAGAAGUGCGAAUAGUCGGUGUUGAAGCUGAAUCGAUGGAUUUAGUGUUGAAGUAUGCCUACACCUCCAGAUUUGUUCUGACAGAGGCCAAUGUUCAAGCCUUGUUUACUGCAGCUAGCAUCUUCCAGAUUCCUUCCAUCCAAGACCAGUGUGCUAAGUAUAUGAUCAGUCAUUUGGACCCACAAAAUUCUAUUGGGGUUUUCAUCUUUGCUGAUCAUUAUGGUCAUCAGGAACUCGGAGAUCGAUCGAAAGAAUACAUUCGUAAAAAGUUUCUGUGUGUCACCAAAGAACAAGAGUUUCUCCAGUUGACAAAAGACCAACUGAUAAGUAUACUAGACAGUGAUGAUUUAAACGUAGACCGAGAAGAGCAUGUUUAUGAAAGCAUUGUAAGGUGGUUUGAACAUGAACAGAAUGAAAGAAAAGUGCACCUUCCAGAAAUUUUUGACAAAUGCAUACGUUUUCCUCUGAUGGAAGAUACCUUUAUAGAGAAAAUCCCACCUCAGUUUGCACAGGCUAUAGCCAAAAGCUAUGUAGAGAAGGGACCAUCCAGUACUAAUGGCUGUACACAGAGACUUGGGAUGACUGCAUCUGAAAUGAUCAUAUGUUUUGAUGCUGCCCACAAACACUCAGGAAAGAAGCAAACGGUGCCUUGUCUAGAUAUAGUCACAGGAAGAGUGUUUAAAUUAUGCAAACCACCAAAUGAUCUAAGAGAAGUAGGGAUUCUUAUAUCACCAGAUAAUGACAUUUACAUUGCAGGAGGAUACAGGCCAAGCAGCAGUGAAGUAUCCAUCGACCAUAAGGCAGAAAAUGAUUUCUGGAUGUAUGACCAUUCCACCAAUAGGUGGCUAUCCAAACCAUCCUUGCUUCGAGCCAGAAUAGGCUGCAAACUGGUAUAUUGCUGUGGUAAGAUGUAUGCCAUUGGAGGGCGUGUUUAUGAAGGUGAUGGGAGAAACUCACUAAAAUCUGUGGAGUGCUAUGACAGCAGAGAAAAUUGUUGGACAACUGUUUGUGCAAUGCCUGUUGCAAUGGAGUUUCAUAAUGCUGUGGAGUACAAAGAGAAGAUCUAUGUUUUACAGGGAGAAUUUUUCCUCUUCUAUGAGCCACAAAAAGACUACUGGGGAUUUUUAACCCCCAUGACUGUGCCUAGAAUCCAGGGCUUAGCAGCUGUAUACAAAGACUCCAUCUACUACAUAGCUGGAACCUGUGGAAAUCAUCAGCGCAUGUUUACUGUAGAAGCCUAUGACAUUGAGCUAAAUAAAUGGACUCGUAAGAAGGACUUUCCAUGUGAUGAGUCUAUCAAUCCAUACCUUAAACUGGUACUUUUCCAGAAUAAACUCCAUUUAUUUGUUCGAGCUACUCAAGUGACUGUUGAAGAACAUGUCUUCAGAACCAGCAGGAAAAAUUCCCUUUACCAAUAUGAUGACAUCACUGACCAGUGGAUGAAAGUGUAUGAGACCCCAGAUCGGCUCUGGGACCUUGGGCGGCAUUUUGAAUGUGCCGUAGCUAAACUCUAUCCUCAGUGUCUUCAGAAAGUACUUUAGAAAGUAGCAGGCCUUAGUGAGCUCAUUGACAUCCAAUGCUUGAGGAGUCUCAAUGGUACGAGAAGUGCAGUGCAUAUUUAAGAAAGCUGAGUUUGUACAUGGAAGUGGAUGCUCUAAAAGGUGACAGUGUAGGGAGGGAUGUCUUCAUCCUUGUGACAUUUUCAUUUCAGUAAGCAAAAGUAACAAAGUGCAAUUAGCAGCAUUUUUUUCUGGUAUAAAAACAAUCAUUUUCAUUCUAGAAUUUUGUGAUAAAUAGUCUCUGAGAUACCAGAUGAAUUAAUAACUAUGCAGUCUUAUAAGAGCAGUUAGGGUAUUAUUGGUUAGAGACAUCCAAACUAGUUUGAUGUGACUUUAUUUUAAAUACGGGUAAAACUCUGAGGCAAUAUCACUAGGACUUUAGCUGUGACCUCUCCAACACAGAGAAGCACUAACUUAGAUUCUCAUUCUUAAUAUAUAUAUUAUAUUUAUGUACUGUUUGCAAGUUUACUGAGAUUUAAAUGUGUUCUUAGAAUUGAUUGAAGGAAAAACAAAUCAUCUCAGAAAGAACUUUCAGUCUAAUUUUUUCAUGUAUAUUCCAAAUAACUUUAAAUUAAGCUGAAGUUUUAAAAUACCUGUUUUUUGUUGAUAACUUUUUCAUGUGCUAACACUGUCUCAUUUUUAAAAUCCUGAAAAGGGUCCAAAUUCACGGUGGCUGGUGCUAGUAUAAGUUAAUUCAUGUGUAUAGCUAGACGGAUUUAAGUUGUCUGAGCCUAUGCCUGCCUUUCAAGUUAGUAUGUUAGUUUUGUGGCCAUUGUACUUUACCUGUCAAACUCUUGUGAUUUUACAAGAUUCUCUACUUACAGGAUAGCAAGAUAGGACCAGUUAUUGAUCUAACUGGACUUCAGUCCAGAAUAGUGAGAAGAUUCAACACAGUUUGCACUAACACGGGUCAUUUUGUUGCCUGACCUCCUUUUCCAUCUCUACUUGUCUAGUCUUUAUCGGUACAGUGAAAGGUAACUUAUUUCUGUUCUGCACAGAGCAUAAUGUGAAGUUUUACACCUACUUUUAAAAUUCUGUUUUACAGAAACAUAAAACUCCUGCAGUGGUUGAAUUUAAUGUCUUUUAAGUUACAUGUGACAAUUAAAACCUCAUUCAUUUUUUAAUUUUUGCACUUAACAGUGAUAAAUAUUUUUAUUGAAAACCUUGUUCUAGCUGAAGGUGAUUGAGAAGGAAAAGAGUAAAUGAAUAAACCCAUAGCAUCAUAGGUACUAAAUCAUGUUUCAUAUUUAACUGAUGAAUUUCUAACAAUCAGUUAGGAAUAUUCACAUAAAGAACAAACCAAUUCAUUUGUAAUUCCUUAGAUGUUUGUAUCUAACAUUUUUUACUAUGCCUAGAAUAAUAAAUAAGGGAUAUAAGUAUAGUCCAGAGUCUGUCCUCAACUAGAACAUUUUGAUUUUCUUAAAACAAAUUGGCAUGGUUUGUAUUAGAAACUCUUUUCAAAUUGUGAUGUGAUACUGUGAAACAAAUUGAAAACAUUGCCUCUGCAUCACAUACCUCGUUUUUCAGAAACUUUCCAAACUGCUUGUCUUAGACCUUUACAGUAGGAAAUGUUUUCUGAAGAAGAAUUCAAAGUAGACAGGAUUUAUAGAAUUACCAUUUUAAAAUCUACUCUUGUGAAGCUAGUUAUGUGUUUUUUUUCUUACUGGUCUUGAGAGUGUGUCUAUAACCUCUUUAUACACUCUGUCAGCCAGUAACUUCUUUUCUCCCCCAUUUUUCCUUCUGUUCCUCUUCAUGCUGUUUGGGGGCUACUUCUGUGAGUUUUUUUGAAGCAUCUUUAAAGUGUUGCAGAGGGGAGGAAAAAAAAAUAACUUUUGCAAGUGAUGUUCAUGUAAUUUAUUUUUGAAAGCUUUGUUGAAUAAGAUUUUCUGAUGCUUUUUGACAAUCUUCUGUAUUUAUUUAGAAAAAAUGUGUUACUUGAAAACAUGACAUAGAGCAUUGAGUUAGUAAUAUACAUGUGCUGUAUGACAUAUAGGAAGGAGUACAACAUGCUGUGGUUAAUUCCACAGUAGAUUUUUUUUUCUGUUGAUCUGCACAACAGUUGAUCCUUUUAAUAUAACAAUUUAAAUUGAGGGUGUGAUCUAAGUAUAGUAUAUCAAAGCCAAGGUUUAGAAUUUGCUAUGGGAGUAGAAUAUAUAUUGAAUUUUGUAUGGAGAACUAUUUGUUUAAAUUAUAUAGCUGGGAUACUUUGCCACUUUUUAAGUGAUUUGAGAAGAACCCUAGAAAACUAAGAUGAGUAAUAUGUGUGGAUAGAUAUAUGUUUAAAUAGUUAAGGUAUAUUUGUAUAGUAUGUUGAGAAUAUAAGUAAAAGGCACAACGGGGCUGCGGAAUUAAAGGUCUAAAGUAUGCCCGUCCCACUUUCACUUUGUUUUUGUAUUUGAAGAAUGUAUGUGGCACUUUCCUAUAUACUUUCCAGACAUUGGAAACUGGACUUGGUAUAACUAUAUUAUAGGAAAGUUUUAAUUGUGUUCUUCAGUUUCCAUGUUUUCUGUUACUCUACCAAGUUGAUGCAUAAACAUCAAGCUCAUCUUGUUGGUGCAUGAGAGAAAGUGGAAGCGAUCCGCAAGGAAUCAGAUUUCCUGUGUGAAGCAGUUUAAAAUGUCAUUCAGUGUUCAGUGCUCAGGUAUGUAGUAAGUACUGUAGUCCUUUGGGGGCAAAUGUGUAGAUAUUUUUAAACAUUUUGCCAUAAUUGCACAGUUUUUUGCAUUUUUACAUGAUGGCAUUGUUUCUUAUAAUAAAACUUUUUUCUGAUUGAAAA